GAUCUUAUUGGUUGUUCUGUAGGUGUCAGUGUUAAAUCGAUUGCUUAAAAACGUGAAUGCUAUUCCUGGACUUAACAGAUGUGCUCUCUACUCUCCUCAGUUGCAAUGAAGACCUCUGUGUUCAUUCUACUGGUUGCGGUUGUGGAUUUCAGCUCAGGAGAUGAAAUCAUUGGAGGUUAUGAAUGUAAGCCCCACUCCCAGCCCUGGCAAGCUUACCUUGUCGAUAAUAAAUUUUCAUGUGGAGGAUCUUUGAUUAAUGAAAGAUGGGUUGUGUCUGCUGCUCACUGCAGAUUCUCACUUGAUCGUCUCCUUGUCCACCUGGGAAGGCACAAUUUGAAAACUAAUGAAAACACAGAGCAGAAUAUCAAAGUGGAGAAGAUCAUUCCUUUCCCGAAAUACAAUGAUAGUCCUAAAAACAAUGAUAUCAUGCUGAUCAAGCUGAAAAAACCUGUCACCCUCAACGAGUAUGUGAAGCCAAUCCGUCUGCCAGAAAAAUGCCCCUCUGUAGGGGAGAAGUGCUUGGUUUCUGGAUGGGGCAGAACUGCAGCUGGCUCUGCUUCUGUCCUGCAGUGUUUGAAUUUGCCUGUACUCUCAAAAGAGACGUGUAAGAGUGUGUAUGGUGAAAUAAUAACUGAAAACAUGUUCUGUGCUGGAUUCUUUAAUGGAGGGAAAGACGCAUGCCAGGGGGAUUCAGGUGGCCCUGUAGUGUGCGGAGGGCAACUGAAAGGUGUUGUUUCCUUUGGCGUCAACUGUGAUGAACCAAACUAUCCUGGGGUUUAUACUGAGGUGUGCCGCUACACUGAAUGGAUCAAAUCCACCAUAGCUAAAAACUAACUGUUUAUUCAUUUUGGUUGGUCCAGUUCAUUUUCCUAAAUAUCUGUAAUUAAGUCAAAGUCCCUUUAAGGCAAGUCAUCCAACUUUGAAAUGUCUCUCAGACAGCUUUUUCAGUCAUGCAAGUACAGCUCCUAUCUAUUUGAAUGAGGAAACAUCAAAUUCUAUAGCAACCAGAGCUUCUAACAGCAGCUGCAGUGAUGCAAUGACUUGAACAAUUAGUGAUUGGCGCUUUUAUUUAGAAAGCAGGACUAUUCAUUUUCCUUUUUCUACUUUCUUUUGCAUUUUUGGGUGCACCAUCUUUGUAUAUCUUAAUCUUUGAAUUAAAUUCACUCUGAAAUAA